AUGUAUGUUUCUUUGUGGCAGGCUGUUUUAGCAGAGGGAUGGCAUGAUUUGGAUAAUACUGAUUAUGAUUGUUGGCCCCUGGAAAAACCAGAUGAAUUUAACAUGGUGGACUGUGGAGGCCUAGAGAUGAGCUGGGUUCUGAGGCCGCCAGAAAAGGUCAUCAGCGGGGAGUCCUUUGAUGUCAUUUAUACAGUCUUUGCAGCAGAUUACUUUUACCAUUAUGCUGUGGAAAAUGGGAUUCUUUCUCACAGCGAUUCGUCUGAUGUAGCUGCUGCUAAGAAGUUCUGUGAGGAACAGGAAUGUCCUCCCAGUUGGAAGGAUGCUAACGAGGAGAACUGCUGUGUCCAUCAUGCAAACAUACAUUCCUGUCCUCUGGCUUUCAUGGGCAAAGGUGGGAUUUGUGGUCCAUGGAUUCCAGAUGAUGGACAAAUAUUCACUCACACAAUAUCUACCGUGGGCAAGAUGUCACAGACAAACUGGACAGCCAAGGUAGUUCUGGUUCAUGUGGGUGUGACUUCUCUUAUUGCACACAUCAGGGUCGGGAGAAUGCAAGCAGCUUUGGAAGCCCAAACAACAGUGCUUCCUGCAGUGGUCUGUGGAAAUGAUGUUUGUGAAGAUGAUGAGGGCUGUUCCAUAUGUCCAGCUGAUUGUGGUGAAUGUCCUUUGACAACAAAUGCUAGGAUCGUGAUUGCCUUGCCGAUAUGUAUAGUCUGUGCUGGUUUCAUUCUGACCAUCGUGUGGUUCCAGUAUCAGAAGCAAAAAAUGUUUUGGGAUGAAAGCUGGAUUAUAGACUUCAACUGUAUCAAACAAGAUUAUGAGCCCAGGACAAGGACUGCAAUGGGGAGUGCCUUGAGUGUGCCACAUGCUCCCAGUGUCUCCAACGCCAGCUGUGUCACAGCAGUGAGUUCCUGUACAGCAGCACCCAAUGUAUCCAAGAUGAACUAUUUCACGCAGACUGGCAUAUAUGAUGGUAGAAUUGUUGCUAUCAAGAAAAUAAUGAAUAAGACAUUUACUCUCACCAAGACCAUACGCAAAGAAGUCAAACAAGUAAGAGAACUGGACCACCCCAACCUCUGUAAAUUCAUUGGGGGCUGUAUUGAGGUACUUAAUCUUGCCAUAAUAACUGAAUACUGCCCCAAAGGAAGCUUGAGUGAUGUGCUGCUCAAUGAUGACAUCCCUUUAAAUUGGGGCUUCAGGUUUUCUUUUGCUAGUGAUGUUGCCCAGGGAAUGGCGUAUCUUCACCAGCACAGGAUUUUUCAUGGGCGGUUGAAGUCCAGUAACUGUGUCAUUGAUGACCGUUGGGUUUGUAAGAUUUCAGAUUAUGGGUUACAGUUAUACAGAAAAUGGGAUUUAUCAGCAGAUUCCAGCUCUUCUCACCAGCGCUUUGCACAGAUGUAUCUAGCUCCCGAGGCUCACUCAGCACAAAAUUUUGAACCAACUCCAGCUGCGGACGUCUACAGUUAUGCCAUCAUUUUAUUUGAAAUCGCAACAAGAACUGAUCCAACACUGGAUGAAGGACCUUCAGCUGAAUAUUCCCAGUGUCCCACUUUGGCAGAAUUAAUAUCUGAAAAGUCUGAGAAUGCCUGUCCUUGCCCUACAGAAUAUGUUGAGCUGAUCAGGAGAUGUAAAAAAAUCAACCCGGUGCAAAGGCUGACUUUUGAGCAAGUCAAGAAGUUGCUGUAUAAGAUGAAUCCAAACAAAGUGAGCCCAGUGGACAUGAUGAUGACCUUGAUGGAGAAGUACAGCAAGCAUUUGGAAGUGUUGGUAUCAGAAAGGACACAGGACUUAGUGCAUGAAAAACAGAAGACGGACCGUUUGUUGUACAGCAUGUUGCCAAAACAGGUGGCAGACGACUUAAGGCAGGGGAAGCCAUCGCAAGCUCAGAGUUACAUAAAUGCUACCGUCUUUUUUAGUGACAUUGUUGGCUUCACUCAGCUUUCCAGCACUAGUACACCAUACCAAGUGGUCAACCUCCUAAACAAACUGUACACUGCCUUUGAUGAAAUCAUAGAUAACUAUGAUGUCUACAAGGUGGAAACUAUAGGAGAUGCUUAUAUGGUUGUUUCGGGAGUGCCCAAGGAGAAUGGAAUUUGUCAUGCAAGUGAAAUUGCAAGUAUGGCUCUAGACCUCGUGUCACUGUGCAAGACGUUUAAAAUUCCACACAAGCCCAAUACCCAGCUAAAAAUCCGAGCAGGAAUACACUCAGGAGCAGUUGUGGCUGGUGUGGUGGGAACAAAAAUGCCACGGUACUGUUUAUUUGGGGAUACUGUCAACACUGCCUCUCGGAUGGAGUCUACCAGUGAAGCUCUCAAAAUACAGUGCAGUUCAACUACAUACCAGCUGCUGGAACAGAUUGGAGAGUACAUAUUGGUGUGCCGAGGGAAUUUGCAAGUCAAGGGGAAAGGUGACAUGAUCACCUACUGGCUGGAAGGGAAGAAGACGGGUGCCAUUCAAAAGAAAGCUCUGAGUCCUUCUACAGCUUCUCGGUCUUCUAACCAAAAUGGUUUCCAUCUGAUCCCUGGAGUUGUGUAGAACAGACUUGCAAUGAAAGAGCUGGGCUUGCCAGUGACUGCUGCUGCCCCUGCCCCCGAUCAGCCUCCACUCAUAGGUGAAAAGAAAUCUGGAAAUGGUCCUCCCCCUGCCUUUUAUUAACAGAAACUGAGGGCUGAAGGCUGGCAAUAUUGUUAUGAUUACUUAGCAACCCUACGUUGGGCAUUGUCUAGGGUAUUUGUCUCUAAAAAUAAAACCCCAAUGUAUAUUUUUAGAGUUCAGAUUUUUUUCUGCUAACCCGAUGCUUUGCUCAGGUUUGUAGAAAGACUGACUUUGUGUGUUCAUGGCCCAAACUAGGGUUUCUCAACGCCCACCCCCCAAAUCAGCUGCCCCACUGGGGCCGAUUCAAAGUGCUGGUAUUGACCUUUAAAGCCCUAUAUGGGUUGGGGCUAGCAUGCAUGAAGGACUACCCAUUCCCAUAUAAACCUACCAGACUAUUAUGAUAAUCUCCAGAGGCUCUGCUUUGGAUGCUCUUGCAAUCUGACAAUAGCAAUAAUAGCCUUCACAGUGGUGGUGCAAAAACUCUUGAACUCCCUCCCCAAGCAGAUUCAUCUGUCUCCCUUUAUCAGCAGAUUCAUCUGUCUCCCUUUAUCAGCAGAUUCAUCUGUCUCCCUUUACCAGCAGGUGAAGACUUUUGUUGUUUCAUUUGGCAUUCCUCAUUAACUCUCUUUGGUCAAUUCCGCAAAACAUAAUAAUACCGGGUUACAUUCAAUAUUUAAAAAUUCGGAUCUAUUUUAUCCUGGUUUCUCGCUGUGCAUGGAUGCCUGUUUCCAUGAAGGAAUCAAUUUAAGACCAAGAGAAAAUUUCUUUCA